GAGAAAUUAAGCAUAUAUAAAAAGCUUAUUUGAAGGGAAGAAAAGUUUUCCUUUAUAUUUCCUUUAUUAAACUUUUUUUAAAUAUAAACAAAUAUGGGUUCUACCAAGGUUGAUAAGAAAUCUAGCAAGGCUGACAAGAAGUCCAAGAAGGUUGUCGAAAAGGUUGUCGAAAAGGUCGAGUCCGAAAGCUCUUCCUCUUCCAGCAGCAGCAGCAGCUCUGAAUCCUCUGAUUCCGAGUCCGAAGAAGAAGUUGUUGCCGAGGCCAAGAAGGAAGAAGAAAGCUCUUCCUCCUCUUCCUCCUCUGAAUCCGACUCUGAUUCUGAAUCUGAAGAAUCUGCCGUCGCUGAGGAAUCUAACGAUAAGAAGAGAAAGGCCGAAGACGAUGAGGUAGAAGUCCCUGCCAAGAUCGCCAAGGUUGAAGAAGAAGCUGCUCCUGCCGCUACUUUCACUGUCUGGUGUGGUGGUAUCAGUUGGGAUGCCAAGGCCGAAGAUGUCAAGGAAUACUUUGGUCAAUGUGGUGAGAUCUCUGAUGUCAGAAUUAGAUUAGAUAACGCCACUGGUAAGAACAAGGGUUUCUGUCAUAUUGACUUCACUACCAAGGCUGCUCAUGAUGCUGCUCUUGCUUUAUCUGGUUCAGACUUCCUCGGUCGUACCAUUCGUUGUGACAGUGCCGGUGAUGGAUCUGUUCGUGUUGCCAGAAAGGAUGAAAACUACGGUCCCAAGUCUACCAAGGUUUUUGUUGCUAACUUAAACCGUGACUAUGACGAAGAAACUCAUCGUGCUGCUCUUACUGAAGCCUUCAGUGCUUUCGGUACCCUCGUUGGUGAUAUCAGACUCCCUUAUAACAGAGAAGAAGGUACUCUUAGAGGUAUUGGUUAUCUUGAAUUCGAGACUGCUGAACAAGCUGAAGCCGCUGUCAAGGGUAUGAACGCUGUCGAAUUAAACGGUCGUCCUUUGCGUACCGAUUUCUCCGGUUCUGACGAUGCCAGCCGUGUUGGUGGUGGUCGUGGUGGCCGUGGUGGUCGCGGUGGUUUCGGUGGUGACCGUGGAGGUCGCGGUGGUGGACGUGGAAGAUGGUAGAUCGCUCUUGUUUCUUUAAUUGUACAUUUUUUUUAUUUCAAAAACCCCCCAAAGUCAUUGAGUCAUUACAUUUUUUUAAUUUCAUGAAUAUAGCAUUUAGAAGAUAAAUAACAUUCCAAAAAAAUAAAAACAUUAUUUAUUAUACGCACA